CCGAGGAGCGAAGGAGUCGGAUGAAGGGCGAGCCGCAGUCCAAGCCCCGGCCCGCGAAGAAGACCCGAGAAGCCUCCAAGCUGAAGGAAGCAGCCGACGACCGACCCAUGGACAUCAGCCGCGUCUGCCGCGUGGCCGUGAGCCGCCGGGGCGUCGUGCGGGACAUGCUCCUGCACCCCGACAUGCCCGUCGAGGACCUCCAUGCAUGCCUGCGGGCGAUCUUCCCGGACGUCGGGACGCCGAUCGCGCUCAAGAACGAGACGGACACGCUCUUCCCGCUGUCGCUCUUGGCGCACCACCCGGGCGCGUUCAGCGCGGCCCGCAAGGUGCAUGCGCAUGCGCACGUCCACGCGAGCUCACUCGAGCUGGUUUGUCUUGGCGACCCGGACGCCAGCUACGCAGAGCUGACGCGGUCACUGCGCGUCGGAUGGCACGACGAAGCGCCGGCUCUGGAUCUCUCGGAAUACACGCUGUCGCAGCUCAUCGACACGUUUCGGGCGGCGGCGCCCACCGGAGGCCUCGACCGCAGCUCGUUCAUCAAGUGCUUGACGCAGCUCUGCCAUCGCAGCGACCACAACGUCUUCUCUCGCUUCUUCGACCUCUUUGAUAAGGACCGCAAUGGCGUCGUCGACGUCGUCGAGUUUGUGAGCGGCCUCUCGGUGCUCGUCCACGGCGACCGCGACGAGAAGAUCCAAGCCACGUUUACGCUCUACGAUACGAACGGGGACGGCUACAUCUCACUCGAAGAGAUGACCACGUACCUCACAUCUGUCUACCUCGUCGUUGCCGAGCUCAACCCUGCCGUCUUCCUCUCCAACCGUGUGGAUCCGAUCCAACUUGGCCAGGUUACAGCGCAGCAGUGCUUUGACGAAGCUGACUUGGACCACGACGGGCGUCUCUCCUUCCACGAGUUUCAGCAGUGGUAUGCGAGAACCAACCAACAGGCGCCGCAACAUGCCCGAGCGCUCAAAAUGCUCAACCAAAAGCAGACGCAAGAGCACGCGUCGCAGCCGAUCCAGGUCAAGUGGACGCUGGAGGCGGUCCGGGACAUGACGGGGCUCGGCGACUACACUGUCGAAGAAAUGCUCGCGCAGUUUCCACGCACGCGGUCGCUCUCGGAGACCGACUUUGUCGCGAUGAUGACGCGCAUUCUCCAGCGGCAGCGCAAACCCGUGAGCGUCGAGAUCGCAUCGCUCCUCAAGCGCUUGUACACGCUCUUUGCGGACCCGAACGAGCUGCGCACGGGCCUGAGCAUCUUGUGCGCGCCCGACGUGGACGCGGUCUUUGGCCUCGUCGACACCAACGGCGACGGGCAAAUCUCGAUGAACGAGAUGACGGCGUACUUUCGCGCUGUCUUUCGCGUAUUGCACGGCGUCACCAACGUGCACGUGCCGCUGGCGCCGGACGUGCUCGCAAUGUGCACGGCGCAGCAGAUGUUUCACGACUUUGACAUGAACCGGGACGGUAUCUUGAGCCGCCUCGAGUUCCAAGCCUGGUAUGCUACCCCGACGGCGGCGUUGCCCAAGCCUGCGCCACUCUUUCCCAACCACGCGGCGGUCGGGUCGAUCCACGUGGCGCCGGCGACGAUGACCCUCGAGCGUGUCGGGAAGCUUACGAAUCUCUGGACACGCCACCCGGCCGACGUCUUUGAGAUUCUCGCGCUGUACGUCAACGGCGACGGCGUGCUCGACCGCAAAGCCUUCUACCACGCGUUUGAGCGCCUGAUGCAGGGCGGGUCGGCCGAAGCAGAGACGCCGCAGGUCAUUGCACGGCUCUUCUCCGCGUUUGACAGCGAUGGCAACGGGGUCGUGGACUUUUGUGAGCUGAGCUCGGGCUUGAGCCUUCUUUGCGCGGGGUCGCAGAGCGAGAAGGUUGAGGCAGCAUUCGCUCUGUACGACGUCAACAAGGACGGGUUCAUUGCGUACCACGAGAUGGUGAGCUACCUCACCGCGGUCUUUCGCGUCCUCGCCGCCUUUGCGUCGACGCCACUGCCUCUUGCGCCCGAGAAGCUCGCCGAAGUGACCGCCCACGACGCGUUCGUGCAGUACGACGCCAACCGGGAUGGUCAACUCAGUUACGAUGAGUUUACGUCGUGGUACUCGACGCCCGUUCCGAGCGCGCCGCCGGCGCCUCUCACGCCCGAUCUGUCGCUGCUUCGCGACGUGCGCGAGCUCACAUGCCUCGGACAGUACGCGGUCGACGACAUCUUUGCGUUUUUCACCGCAUCGGCCAAGGAGAAUGGUGUCUUGACGAAGGCGCAGUUUUUCCGCUGCUUCAACAAGCUUUUGAGCAAGACGACGACGACGGCGCCGAAAGCGUCGAUCAAAGCCACGCUCGACCGUCUCUUCGUGCUGUUUGACGCCGAUGGAAACGGGAGUGUCGAUACGAAGGAGCUCGCAGCCGGCCUCUCGCUGCUCUGCGGCGGCUCGGCCAAAGAAAAGGUUACCGCGGCCUUUUCGCUCUUUGACACGAACGGCGACGGCUUCAUUUCGCCGUCCGAGAUGGAAACGUACCUCACGGCUGCGUUCAAGAUCCUCUUUGAGACCGCGCCGCACCUGCCGCAGCAGCUCGGAACGGACUCGCCCAUCGCAGUGGCCAAGGCCACGACCGCGCAGUGCUUUGCGUCCUGCGAUACGAACCGCGACGGCAAGCUGAGCUUGGACGAGUUUAGUGUCUGGUACCAAAACCCAAGCGCAGCGCGGACAUCACGUCCUCUGUCGAUUCCGGAUGCGCAAGCCACUCUCGGCAUGCAAGGCAUGUCCACGCGACAGCUCAUCGCUGCGCUUGGCAACGCGGCACGCAAGCCUGUGACCAGUGCUGGUAUCCUCAGCGUCCUUGGCUUACACGGAGCCCGCGCCGCGCCGGCCAAAGAAUUGCUGGAAGGGCUGCUCGCGUCCCUCACUGCAUCUGUGGCCGUGCGCGUCACGUGGCCCGAUGUCGUCGCCGGGCUAUCGGUCCUUGCACACGACGCAUCGCAGGACGACAAGGUGCAAGCGGUGUUUGCACUCAUUGACCGCAACGGCGACGGGCGCCUCUCCCAAGCCGAGCUCGCGCGGUAUUUCACUGCCGUCUUUAGCGUCAUGUAUGUUCUCGAGCCGCAAAAGCAGUCGACACUCGGUGGCGUCGGGCCUGUCGCCCUCGCCGAAGCGACGGCGGCCACGACCAUGGCCGAAGCCGACACGGACCGCGACGGCGCCAUCUCCUUUCCCGAAUUUCAGCGCUGGUAUGCGCCGGGACCGACCACGUUGGCCGACUUCCGCCGUGUGACGCGUCUCGGCGGCUUGGACGUGGACGACGUUUUUGAGACGUUUGCCGACUACGCUGACGACGCGGGCUUGAUCUCGUUUGAGCGUUUCCACGACGGCUUGGUCAGCCUUGCGGGGCGCCAUCCGGACCCGAGUUUGUCGACGGUUGCGUCGCGGCUCUUUUGCGCGUUUGACCAAGACCAGAACGAGCGCGUCGACUUUAGCGAGCUUGCGUCCGGGCUCUCUGUGCUCUGCAAAGGGUCGCGCGACCUCAAAGUCAAGGCGGCGUUCUCGCUCUACGACUACAACGGCGACGGGUACAUUUCUAUGGACGAGAUGGUCCGAUACUUGACGUCCGUCUUCCGCGUCCUCUAUGAAGUGUCGCCGGGCAUGGCCACGGAGACGGGCGUUUCGGCCGCCGAGCUCGGCACCGCGACGGCCAAGCAGGCCUUUGUCGAGGCCGAUACCAACCACGACGGCAAGCUUAGCUUGGAAGAGUUCACUGAGUGGUACAAGCAGCCGCUGCACGUGAGCGCCGAGGAGAUGGCCGUCGCGACCGGCAAGCGCUUGACUUUGGAGCAGCUUCAGCAUGCGACGAACCUUGUGCACUUUUCGGCCGAGGAAGUCUUUGAGCUGUUUGCCGAGGCCGCCAACGAGGACGGUAACUUGACAAAGGACGCGUUCAACCAGUGUUUUGCGACGCUCAUUCCGAAUGCGCCGGCCGACAUUCGCGGCUUUUUAAACCGUCUGUACGCGCUCUUUGAACACGACGGCGUCGUCGACUUUUCCGCGCUCAGCAGCGGUCUCUCGGUGCUCUGCGGCGGCUCCAAAGAAGACAAGGUCCGCGCCGCGUUCGCGCUCUUCGACUUUAACGGCGACGGGUUCAUCUCGCAAGACGAAAUGACGCGGUACCUCCACUCGGUCUUCCAAGUGCUUUACGAAGUGGGCGCGCACACGGUCAAGGAUGUCACGCCCCUUGAACUCGCGACUGUGACGGCCGAGCAGGCGUUUGACGAGGCCGAUCUCAACCACGACGGCAAGAUUAGCCUCGACGAGUUCAAAAAAUGGUACCAGCAGUCGAAUGCUGACGAGAGCCGCGCGACGCUCUUCAGCCUUCAAGAAGCGCGCCGACUCACGCAGCUCGAGCGCUUCCCGGCCGAGCAUGUCUUUGAAGUGCUCGCCGAGGCCGCCGACGCCAACGGCAACCUCACCAAAGACGCGUUUGUCCAGUGCUUUGAGUCGCACUUUGUCGUGGGUCCGAUCGUGGGGCGCGUCCACGACGUGCUCUCGCGGCUCUUUGGCAUCUUUGACGCGGAUAAGAAUGGCGUCGUCGACUUUGGCGAAAUCACGGCCGGGCUCACGCUGCUCUGCGGCGGCGCGCGCAAAGAGAAGAUCCAGGCAGCGUUCGCCUUGUACGACUACAACCACGACGGCUACAUCUCGCUAUUGGAAAUGACGCGGUACCUCAGCGCGGUCUUUAGAGUGCUCUACGAAACCGACCCGACGCUGGCCGAGAAGAUGCAAGUGACCGCUGACGAGCUCGCGCAAGUGACGGCGGAGCAAGCGUUCUUGGACGCCGACCGCAAUCACGACGGCAAGCUCUCGCUCGAUGAAUUUGAGACGUGGUACACGCAGUCCAACGGCCUUCCGAACAUCAAGCCGAACAAGAUCUCGCUGCCGUCCCUCGCCCAAGUGCGUCACCUCACGAAUUUGCACGCGUUUCCGCCGUCGCAAGUCGUCGAGUGCUUUCGCCGCGCCGCCCACGACGCGACGGGGCAGCUCACGCUCCAAGACUUUACGUCCGUGCUCCAGAGCUUUGCGACGGGUGACGCGGCCUCCGUCGACGCGGUCGCCACGCGGCUCUUUGCGAUUUUCGACACGGACGGGAACGGGGUCGUCGACUUUAACGAGCUCGGCGCCGGGCUUAGCGUCCUCUGCGGUGGCACGCAGGAAGACAAGGUCCGCGCCGCCUUUGCGCUCUAUGAUGCGAACCACGACGGCACCAUCUCCAAGGCGGAGAUGGCGUUAUACCUGACGUCAGUCUUCAAGGUGCUGUAUGAGAGCUCGCCCGAAACACAAGCGCGCCUCGCCGGCGUCUCCCCGGACGAGCUUGGCGAAGUCACGGCCGACCAAGCGUUUGAGGAGGCCGAUCUCAACCAUGAUGGGAGCUUGAGCUUUGACGAGUUUCGCAAGUGGUACCUCACCCCGAGUGCGUCGGGCCUCAACCAUGUCGAGAUGCCGUCGUGGGUGAGCCUCGCGAGCGUGCGUGAGCUCACGCAGCUGCACAAGUACGCGCCCCAGGACGUCUUCAACGUCAUUGCCCAAUAUGCCAACGACACAAAGCAACUCGACCGGGCGGCGUUUGAGGCGAGCUUCGCCGCACUCAUUCCGCUGCAGAGCAUGGACAAGGAGGCCCGACACCGCGUGCAUUUGAUUCUGGACCGCCUCUUUGAGAUCUUUGAUACGGACCAGAACGGGUUGGUCGACUUUUUGGAGCUGAGCAGCGGCCUCUCGGUGCUCUGCGGCGGGCGCAAGGAGGACCGUGUCAAGGCCGCGUUUGACCUCUACGACCUCAACCACGAUGGCGUCGUGUCGCUUGACGAGAUGACGACGUACCUCACGUCUGUCUUUAAAGUGCUCUUUGAGACCAAUCCGGGGCAGCAACCACCGGACGCGACGCCAUUAGAAGUUGUUUUCCGCUGCGAUACGAUCAUUACGGCCGAGCAGUGCUUUGAAGAGGCCGACCUCAACCACGACGGCAAGCUCUCGCUCGAUGAGUUUGUGUCGUGGUACUCCAAGACCAAUGCAACCCUCUCGGACGCGGGCAGUGCGGUGGCGAUGGCCGGCUCGGACGACGAAGCGCCGAGUGGCAGCACGUCAACGUCGGCGGGCGGCAUGGAGCGCAUCCGGUCGCUCCUCAAGCUCGACAUGUACGAGGUCGCCGACAUUUUCGAGAUCUUUGCCGAAGCCGCGCCGUCCGGCGAACUCAACUUUGCAUCGUUCCGGCAGUGCUUUGAGCACAUGGUGGAACUCGCGGGCGGGUACCCGUCGCCACAGGCCAAGCAGGAGGCCUCGGUCGUCAUCCGCCGUCUCUUUCGCGCGUUUGACCGCGACGAGAACAACGCCGUCGACUUUGGCGAGCUCGCGAGCGGCCUGAGCGUCCUCUCAGGCUCGUCGAUGGACGACAAGGUCCUCGCGGCCUUCCGCCUCUACGACAUCAACGGCGACGGGUUCAUCUCACUCGACGAGAUGGUGAGCUACAUGACGUCGAUCUUCAAGGUCAUGUACGAGACGUCGGACCGCGCCAAAGACAAGAUGGGCGUGUCGCCCGAGGAGCUUGCGCGGGCCACGGCGACGCAGUGCUUCCGAGACGCUGACGUCAACCACGACGCGCGCCUGAGCUUUGACGAGUUCAAACAGUGGUGCACGGCGAGCAUGUAAGCGAGGUUUCCGAGGUGUCGCUGCGUAAUACCUUGCGUCUUGUAUAUGUAUUUUUGCAUCUCGG